AUCUUUGUUAAUGGUCAAUGUGCAAACCAACCUGACAACAUCUUAAUCAAGCACAAAUAGCUACCAGGUAAAUAUCCGACUCUUGUCCGAUGUAUCCAUUCACCAAGAUAUCACGAACUUGGCUGCUUGGAUAUGACAGCAAUGUUGCAUGCAAGGACUAAAUAGAUACAUAUUACCUACUACUUACAUGAGAGACUCCACCCAAAGUUGAGAAUAAGGCAAAUUCAAAUAAAGCUAGCGCUGGAACUUGGUGGGGUCUUCCGCCUCAUCGGACCAAAUCCUCGGGUUGGGGGCGACAACACCUUCCUCUAUCUGAGAGAAGCCUCAUGCAGUUGCUUUUUCCCCUAAGCUGCCUAAGCCACAUCACUCCUCCCAACAAAUAAGCUUCGUUCUAUUUCUUCCCUUCUACACCUUCUUAUAUACCCGUAUCUUUAAAUUUGGCACUGAUGGAAUAUAUACCUCGUCUUAGUCUUCUUACUUUUAUUUGACUUUUAUCAAUUGACACUUGGCGCCUCAAUCUUAGUAUUCAUCAUAUCGAUAAUUGUAUCAUUGAUUAUUGUCUUCUUCUUUUUCUUCUUCUACCAACCUGUUGCGAACUUGCGAACGUCGGAUCCCUUGCUCUAAAUCCUAUACUCUUAUUAAGCCUAUACCUAAUGGAUAUACUGCGCGUAUCGUGAAGCUGAACUGGACCUUGUCUACGAACCCUAGUUGCUCUCUGGGAACUAGGGACAUUCUCUCCCUUGCCAUGGGGUUAAGUCGUGGACCGCCUCAGAGGUGGUCCUUGAAUGAUACAUAUGGCUUCAUCGCAACUUUCUUCGGCGCACAGACGCGAACGUAUACGCACCGAGCUGCUUCGAGAUGUAUAACGGCGAACCAACAGCAGUCUAGAUCGUUGUCAGUAGCGCAGGACGCGAACACAACUUCGUCCCGUGUCGAACCUCAGAAUCACAAUGUUGCCCCGUCUCCGCGCCAUGUCCUGCGUGGCUUUCACACGUAUUUCGUCACACACCUGCCACAAUCGUCCCUGCACCCAGAUUCACGUGCCCCAACCGGUCCGCAUCACAAGCUGCCUCGUUCCGCUGCCGCUCCCCAUAACUCGAAUUCCGGCGCUGCACCCGUAUCGCCACCUCACCUACCGUCCAACCGCGACUUGACCGUUGUCCGCAUACCUCUGCGCAGUGCCAAGCACCAUUUUGGGGCCGCCGAUUCGAGGGGCUCCCGACCUUACAAUGAGGACACCAAUCAGGCGGGCACCAUAGAUAUGCCCGCGUUCGCAAAGCGCGCGCCUAUCAGCUUGGUCAGGAGUACCAUGAAUAAGACUGGAGAGGCGACACCGGCUGAUAGCGCGUAUGGGGAUCCCCAGAUUUUCUACUUCGGAGUUUUCGACGGCCAUGGCGGAACACAAUGCAGCGACUUCUUACGAGACGAACUUCACGGUUAUAUCGAAGAGGCUGCUGAGGAGUUCGAGUUAAAAAGUAGCCUCCGUUCUCUGCGAAAAAUUCGAAAUCCUGAUUCAGAUUCUACCCAGGUGCCCACGACUCGAAUCUUGUCCGAUUCCGAAUCAGGCGGUCGGAAGAAGUUGGAUCAAUUGGACAUGAAAGGCUCGGCAGCUGUCGCAGCCAAGGCCGAUAUUCCCGAAAUAAAUAAGCACGGGGCAAUUCAAGAAGUCGAUAAUGCCAAGGCUAUCAAAGGCGACAAGCCCGUCCCAGCUAAAGCUUCGCAUUCUAAAGCUCUUGAUCUACAGAGGGAUCUCGUGGCAGAAUAUAAAAGCACCAUUGGUGGAUAUUUCAGACGUUUCAAUCCUCCGCAUUUCCAUUUGCGACAAGAUUCGGAUUCCCCUGAACCUCCCGUCAGUAUCGAGACUGUUCUCACAUAUGCCUUUCUUCGCGCCGACCUUGACUUUGUUGCCGCUCAGGCCCGUAAGCCAGACCCGGAUGACCCUUACGUAUCUGAUACGGCGUUGAACUACGAUGAAGUAUUAGGGAAACCGCAUCAUAUACCUCCAUCUGGCCAGUAUAUUGGUGGGCGCACGCGGUUUAAGGGGGGCUCGACGGCCUCGGUUGCUCUCAUAUCGACACCAACGCCCGCGCCGUUCUGGCACCCGGCGGCGAGCUCUACGCUAUUAGUCGGGCACGUAGGUGACACGCGCAUCCUCCUAUGCGAAACUGCUACCGGUCUCCCUCGCCCCCUAACUUCGGACCAUCGUCCGAGCUCCCCAAGCGAGUCCCACCGACUACGUCGAUUUGCGGCGUCUUUCGUGACGGACUCGUUCGGCGAGGAACGGAUCCAGGGUCUAGCCAACUCUCGAGCUUUCGGAGACAUGGCUUCUAAGCGAUUAGGCGUCUCCGCAGAACCCGAGAUCACCCGGACGGAGCUAGGACCCGCUCAGUACAGCUUCAUUGUGCUCAUGUCCGACGGUGUUUCCGGGACGUUAAGCGACCAGGAGAUCGUAGACGUAGUCAAAGAAGCUAAGACGCCGGAACAGGGCGCAAGGGAUGUCGUGGCGUAUGCUACGGAAGUGAGCAAUGACGGCGACAACGCGACGUGUCUUGUAGUCCGUCUUGGCGGGUGGGAGCGUAGGAGCGAGGGUGGGUUGGGGAGCUUGGGGACGAAGGAGAUUCGUGAUUUUAGACGUAAUGAGGCUUUGGAUCCGCGGCGGGGGAUGAGGUAGGGGGUUGGUUGAUAGAGGGGAUUAUAUAUACAUAUACAUAUGCACUUGCAUACGGGGUUGGCUGGUUUGUAGGUAUUCAGGUCGAUAGUCUAGAUGGAUGGGCUAGACCCCUA